UGUGGUGAAAGUGGGAAAUCAGCCAGCUCAGUCAGAGAACCUUAAACAAGGUUGCUGCAUUGUGUUACUGCUGAACAAGCUUCUUCCUGUCAUUCCUGCUGCAGGCAAAAAGAAGUUUACUGAGACGCUGCUCCACAAGGUUAGGUCUGCACACACAACCACUGCUGAGCAGAAAGACUGGUGUACUGUGUUGUGCUAUCGGACAACAUGAAUACCCUGGUGACUGGCUUGCUACUCUCAGUUCUGACUCUGAGGCUUCAGGAACUCGUGGAUGCAUGUACCUGCCUUCCAGUUCACCCACAAACAGCAUUUUGUAACUCUGAUAUAGUGAUACGAGUAUCAGUCACUAGUAAAAGUUUGGUUUCUUCUAACAACAUGGAACCUGAUACGAUCCAGUAUGCAGUAAAGCAAGAAAAGAUUUACGAAGGAUUUGAAAAGACGAAAAUGGUGGAAUAUGUCUACACAGCUUCUAGCUCUGCUGCAUGUGGUGUAGAGCUCAAAAACAAUAUUCAGUACCUCAUAACAGGCCAACUUGAUAUUCAGGGAAAAGUUCAUAUUGGGAUUUGUAAUUUGAUUGUCCCAUGGGAUGAUCUAACUUCAUUGCAAAAACGGAAUCUGAAAUGGAACAAAUAUGAAACAGGCUGCUCCUGUCAAAUUGUCAGCUGCCACAGCCUACCAUGCCCUUCUCCAGCAAAAAACCAGUGCAUUUGGACUGACCUGGCAACCGAGAAGACCCCAGCUGGAUCUCAGGCAAAGUACAGUGUCUGCAUGAAGCAAGAUGAUGGUUUCUGUCACUGGUAUGGAGAAGGAUCAGCCAGUGCAAAUGAGAAUAUCUAUUACAGUGAACCCUGAAAUCUCCCUUCACCCCAUAAAAGUUGUGUUUCUCCAUCAGCUGCAGGUGGUGCAGCAGUAUCAAAGAUCUCUAUGUUCUUCUGUUUAUACAAACAUUUUGUCGGUUUACUGCAUUCUUGUUUGCUAUGUGAAGCAUAGCACUUCCUUCAUUCACUCUUACCCUAAUGAAUGAAAAAAUUAUGGCCCUUCAUUAGAUUCUACUGCAAUGAUAGGUUUUAUCACAUGAGGCAAACUGAAACAUAAACACCACCACACUUCUUGUGAAAAGUAUAUUAGCUCUGUAUUUGACUGGUGAAUUAUCAAAACCUUUCUGAGUGGAACUAGAAAGAAAACGUACCUUGGUAAUUAGGAAUGAUGCUGGAUUAAUUAUCUUUUUUGAGACUUUUGGAAAUCAAGGUUAAAAAUCCAAUGUGCAACAGUGUAAUUUUUGCGCCAAUGGUGAUGAGAUUACAAUAAAAAUUUGUUUUCUUUUAAGGCUGUGCUACAUACGAAAAUAUAUUAACAUGUGGUUGACAGCACAAAGAACACAUCAGCUGCCUUUAUGCGUGAUAGAUCAGGACAAAUGAACAUGAUGAGUGGUAACAAUCAAAAAAGGCUGUUUCUUCCUCCCUUUGUUCCAUGAAAUGUUCCUUUUUUUGAAAAAAAAACAUCCUUUUGAGGGACAGAGUCCUACUAAAAGGUAAUUAUGUUUGUUUUCAAAAGUUUAGUACCAAAUAAAAUGAAUUAACACAUGACCUUAUUAACAAUCUUUGCCCCAUUGCCCAUGGUGAACUAUAAUCUGCGCUGGCGCUACAAAGGAUAAAGUGGGGCUACAGCCAAAUGUCAUACACAUGAGCACAAUGCAUGCAUGCCAGAUCUUAAGUUAUCUCAGAUAUAUGUUGUGUAAAAAAAAUGUUCAGUGUUUUAUCAUUCACAUACUGUAGCAAGACCAGUAACUUCAUGCAUUAGUUGCUCCAUCAAAAAACUGGUUCUAACCACUUUUUAAGAAGAUAAUAUUUAGAAACUAUGUAUACCUGAAAAAUUCUGGGAACAAUUACAAGGAUAGAACAUCAAAAUUAUUGGGAACCAUGAGGAUGAGCCUUCAUGCUUGGAUACUAGAAUGUAAACACCAUAAAUUUCUCAUUGAGAAUUUUUGAUUGCUCUAACUUUCUAGGUGCAAAAGGGAACAGGGAAAAUUGUUUUUUAAUUAGAAUAUUCAAUAUAAUUAUUUGACUAAUAAUUGUUUCAAUGUUUCUUCAAAUUCAGUAAAAAAAGCACAAAGCUGAAAUUGGCAAUAUAUUCAAAUUUAAGAUCAAUUCCUUUGCAGUUCCUCCUUUAUUUUCACUCAAAGCACACAAAUUUGAUAAUGUACUCAUUUGCAAAUAAACUGCUUUAAAACAUAGAUACAAAAAUGAUUCUCAUAUUUGAUAUUUGAUAUUCUCAUAUUUGUGCAUUGUAAGAAUUAUACCAUCUUGUCAAGUAUCUAACAAAAAGCUUUCGUAUUCAUUUUAAUAAAUGUGAUGUGAGAUUUCUGUAA